AUGGCCCAUAAGAGGUCAUUGGAGGCACUGAUUAACAGAACAUUGAAAGAUCUUCGUGGCAACCAGAAUAUUUUUGGUGGGGCCAUAAUUCUGUUGUCAGGUGGUUUUCGUCAGACUCUUCCAGUUAUUCCCCGAUCAGCUGUUGCUGAUGAACUAAAUGCAUGCCUAAAAUCAUCAAAUUUGUGGCAGUACGUAAAGACACUCCAAUUAGCAACUAACAUGCGAGUAUUUUUGCAAGAUGAUGAAAAUGCAAAUGUGUUUCAAAAGCAGUUUUCAGAUAUUGGAAAUUAUAAAGUUGCAAUGGACACCUCGACCGUAUUCAUCAUAUUAUCCACACAUUUCUGUCACAUCAAAGAUUCAAAAGAGGAGCUUAUUCAGCGUGUUUUCCCAGAUAUAGCGCAAAAGUUCAAUAACCAUAAUUGGCUGGGUGAACGAGCAAUAUUGGCAGCGAAAAAUAAAAAUGUCGAAUAUUUCAAUGCGACCAUUCAGAAUUUUCUUCCAGGACAGUUGGUUUCCUUCAAAUCAGUCGACACCGUUAUGAACCAGGAUGACGUAGUCAACUAUCACACGGAGUUUUUAAAUUCACUGGAAUUUCCUGGAUUACCACCUCAAAAUCAGCAGUUUAAAGUAGGAUCAGUUGUCAUCAUGCUGCAUAACAUUAAUCACCCUCGACAUGCAAUGGACCAAGACUGUCUGUGA